AUGAAAAGAAUAGCUGGGGAGGCGGGAAUCCCACCAACUUCUAUAGGUGGCAUUAGAGCUCGAGCACUUCGAACAUUUCGAUGUUGCAGGAGUAUGUGCGCUAAACAGCAAGGGUUCGUACCAGAAUUGCUCAACAUCAUUGCCGAUGGUAAUGUUCCAGAGCCUGUUCGCCAGUCGGCUGCUAUCUUCUUCAAAAUGUCCGUCGGUCGCUCUUGGGAGAUUAUCGAGGAUGAUGAAGAUUCUGAUGACAAUGCUGAAGACCAAGGGUGCUUGAGUGAAGAUGACAAAAAUGUUAUCAAAGCCAAUAUCGUCAAUGCGAUUUGUGAGGCUACUGAGCCGGCUAGAAUCCAACUAGCAAUAGCGAUACAAAACAUCAUUCGGAUGGACUAUCCGGCGAAAUGGCCAGGUUUUAUGGAUCACCUUUUCGCGAAGAUCUCAAAUCCGGCUAACGCUUCUGUUUUAUCUGCGGGUCUAACUGUUCUGUAUUCUGUUGGCAAAGUUUACGAGUUUAAAAGAACCAAGGAUAAAGAUGUUAUCGCUGCGCCUGUUUCCAAAAUUGAACCUCUUGUGUUUUAUCAUUGUAAACAGAUGCUCGAUAACCAAUCUGCUGAAGCUGUUAUUAUCAAAAAACAGGGAUUGAAAAUUAUUUAUGUUAUGACUCAGCUCAACAGCAUUGACGACAGGGAAGAACGUGCUCAGACCGUUUGGUGGAAAUGCAAGAAAUGGGCAAUGAAGCUGUUAGACCGCAUUUUUGACAGGGGAUUGCGCCAUUCUCGCAUAGUGAACGUGCAUAGUACGAAUAUGGACGUGGUACAGUUGUUUCGUUCAACUCAGGGAAUGAAGAUUUGA